AUGGCUACGCGUCAGGGUCUCAAGCAUCUCGCAGCUGCCAGGCGCUCAGCUUCUCGUCGCCUAUCAGCGGCUCCGUUGUCGAAAGCGCUAGAAUCCUUGCAGAGCACGCCUGCUAGUCUUUUAGGAGAUCAGGGUGGUGCACCGUCUGGUCAAAGGUCGCUGCUUCCCGCAUCGGCGGCUGCCAUUCUUACUCCUGCAACCUCCCGCGAUCACUCCUCCGGGAUACGUAGACGCAGCCGGACAGCCCUAGAGUAUCAGUCAAUCAGAGAUCAGUAUCAAUCAGGCGAUCACGCCGCCGGGAUUCCAGCACGAGGAGGUGCUCUGACCUGGUCAUCUGGGGAUUUAUUCUCGUCAGGCGCGGCCAUUCCGCACAGCACGGUCACUGGAAGCUCUUCUCGCUCAAGACGCCACGUAUCCACGUCUCCGCGAUCAACAUCAGCAUCGCCCGGACAUGGCGGUCCCGCUAGUUCCGUGCGAGCGGAGUCCGGAGCAUCAACCACCACCGCAUCUGCAGCAGCAGGCUUUUCAACCGAUUCUGGGGGACGAGGAUCAGGGGUUUCAGCUGCAACACCAGCGCAAUCUGCUCCUGCAGGCUCGGGAUCGCACGGUCCUUCCGGAGGUGCCACCGGCGGGGAUCGCGCAGCGCGGAUGGCGGGCGAGGAGCUAGCGGAGGAGUGCGACGAGGCGGUGGAGGACCUCGGAGAGGUGCGCGCGCGCGUGAGAGCGACGAGAGAAGCCGUCAGCAAGGGCCGCGGGGUCGUCCGCGCGUCCCUGCUCCUCGUGCUCGCCGUGCUCUCGCGCACGUGGCAGCUGCUGCUGGCCGUGCCACGUGGCAUCUCGUCCGUGGCUCGCAUGUCAGCCGCGGAUUGGUCCGGCAUGUUCAAGGGGUGGUGGAAGGCGAUCAAGCACGGCGCGCACCAUUACUGGGUGGGAUCCAAGCUCCUGUGGGCUGAUGUCAGGAUCAGCUCGCGUCUCAUGCUGAAAGCGGCGAACGGGAAAGCGCUGACGAGGAGGGAGAGGCAGCAGCUGACUCGCACGUCGGCGGAUAUCUUCAGGCUCGUGCCGUUCGCCGUGUUUGUGAUCGUGCCGUUCCUGGAGUUCCUGCUUCCGCUGGCGCUAAGGCUCUUCCCCAACAUGCUGCCGUCGACUUUCCAAGACAAGAACAAGGAAGAGGAGAAGCUGAAGCGGCGGCUGCAGGCGCGGCUGGAGAUGGCGCGGUUCCUGCAGGGCACGGUGGGCGAGAUGGCCAAGGAGGUCAAGAGCCGCCGCUCCGGCGAGGUCAAGCGCACGGCGGAGGAGCUGCAGAAGUUCAUGAAGAAGGUGAACACAGGAGGGCACGUGUCAAACGAGGAGAUCGUUGCCUUUGCGUCGCUCUUCAAUGAUGAGCUCACACUCGAUAACAUGUCCAGGCCCCGUUUGGUGAGCAUGUGCAAGUACAUGGGCCUACAGACGUUCGGCACAGACGCUUAUUUGCGCUACAUCCUGCGCGCUAAGCUCGCCUGGAUCAAGGAGGACGACAAGAUGAUUCAGAGCGAGGGCGUGGAGUCACUAUCGGAGGCGGAGCUCAGGGCGGCGUGCAGGGAGAGGGGCAUGCUGGGGCUGCGCUCUGUGGACGAUAUGAGGAAGCAGCUGCGGGAUUGGCUGGACCUGGCUCUCAACCGCUCUGUACCGUCCUCCCUUCUCAUCCUCUCAAGGGCGUUCCUGGUGGGCAGCAAGCGGCCGGAGGAGGCAGUGCAGGCGACGCUCUCCUCUCUGCCAGCGGAGGUGGUGCGGUCAGUGGGCGCCACCGUGCCCAGCGACGACGAGGCAGAGACGUCUGCGCGUUUGCUCAAGCUCAAGCUCAUCAAGGAGCAGGAGCGGCUCAUCGAGGAGGAGGCACAGGAGGCAGCACGCCUGCAGCUAACAGGAGGGCGAGACCUCGCAAGAGAGGAGAUGCGCGAGGCCCUUCCCACCUCAGCAGCCGCCGCCACCAGCACCGCCCCUGCUGCUGGCGCUACUGCUGCUGCAGCGCCUGGUGCUGGUGUGGUGGGAGCGGGAGCAGGGGGAGCGGCAGUGGAGGGGGCUGCGGUGGAGGGUGAGGAGGCGCGUGCACUGGCAGAGCGCAAGGCCCUGGCGAAGAAGGACCAGCUGUGCGACCUCAGCGCUGCUCUCGCUGUGCUCGCCUCCAGCUCGUCGGUGGCCAAGGAGCGAGCUGACUUCCUGCGCCUUGUGAACAAAGAGAUCGAGCUGUACAACAGCAUGGUGCAGCGGCAUGGCACAGAGGGCGCGGAGGAGCUGAGGGUGGCGUAUGCAGCGGCGAGGGAGGCCAGUGAGAAAGAGGCCAGCGAGUCUGCUGCUUCUGACGUGUCUGACGCACUCAUCUCCAAGGUGGACUCCAUGCUUCACAAGCUGGAGAAGGAACUGGACAGUGCAGACGCCAAGAUAGGCAAGCGACUCAAGACACUUGACACUGACUAUGACGGCAAGGUGAGUCCGGAGGAGGUGGGGGCUGCAGCAGCGCUACUGAGGGACAGCCUGGGGCAGGAGGGGCUGGAAGAGCUCAUCAGCAACCUCGCCAAGGACGCAGAUGGGAAGAUUCUAGUGGAGGAUAUUGUGAAGCUUGGGGCGCAUGCGCAGGCAUCCAUGGAUAGAGAUGAUGAUGUGGACAGUGAAGUCCAGGGAGGCAUCAAGGGCACCAAUAGAUUUCAACGGAAUUCUGAUUCUGAUUUCCACUCCACGCGCAUUCAACCAGCCAUGGCUGCCGUCACCUCAUCCUCCAUCAGCACCCGUGCCGCUUCGGUUGCCAUUUCGAGCGCCCAAGCGCCUGAUCGCACAGAUCGUCACGCGGCGUCGCGAACCUCUCUAGCGGCCGGUCGGAGCUUCACUGGCCGCGUGCACUCUCUGCGCCACUCCUCGCUGACCUGCAAGCCCGCGCAACAGCCGUUCAGAAUGCGCGUGAGCGCAGCGUCGGCGGAAGCAGAGGCGGCGGCAGCGGAGGCGGGGAAGUUCAUUCCCGCCGCUCCCAUCCUGCUGCCCGAGGGGCCCUGGAAAGAGGUGGAUGGCGGGGUGGUGGCGGCGAAAGGCUUCAGGGCGUACGGCAAGUACGCAGCACUCAGAGCAGCAGGGCAGAAGCCAGACCUCGCCCUCGUGCUCGCUGACAGCGACGCCACCGUUGCAGCGACGUUCACUCAGAACGUGGUGGCAGCAGCGCCAGUGCUCUACUGCAAGAAGGCGCUGCAGGCGACCAGCACGGCACGAGCAGUGAUAGCCAAUGCAGGGCAGGCUAACGCAGCAACGGGAGAUGCCGGCUAUGCGGACACGGUCGAGUGCGCUGAAUCCCUGGCCAAGCUGCUCGGCGUAUCAGCAGAGUCGGUGCUGGUUCAGUCGACGGGGGUGAUUGGGCAACGCAUCAAGAAGGCUCCUCUUAUCGAGGCUCUUCCGUCUCUUGUUGAUGCUGCAUCGUCCACCCCUGAAGCCGGGCUGGCAGCAGCAGUGGCUAUAACCACCACGGAUCUGGUCAGCAAGAGCGUCGCCAUUGAGACGCAGAUCGGGUCAACGACGGUGCGGCUGGGGGGCAUGGCCAAGGGGUCGGGUAUGAUCCACCCCAACAUGGCCACCAUGCUCGGGGUGGUGACGUGUGAUGCAGCAGUGGCACCGGACCUAUGGAAGCACGUGGUGCUCACCGCCGUGCAGCGCAGCUUCAACCAGAUCACCGUGGACGGGGACACGAGCACCAACGACUGUGUGAUCGCACUGGCGAGCGGCAAGGCAGGGGGGCCAGUGAUAGCGGACAGUGCAUCGGAGGAGGGCAGGCAGCUGCAGGCCGCCAUGGAUGCUGUGUGUCAAGGGCUGGCCAAGGCCAUCGCAUGGGAUGGGGAAGGCGCCACUUGCCUCAUCGAGGUGCAUGUGGCAGGAGCUAAGACAGAGGCUGAUGCAGCAGUGGUGGCGCGCUCUGUGGCUGCAUCGUCUCUUGCCAAGGCGGCAGUGUACGGGCGGGACCCCAACUGGGGGCGCAUAGCGUGUGCAGCGGGGUAUGCAGGCGUGCCCUUCGACCCCACGGCUCUGCGCAUUGCUCUGGGUGACAUUCUGCUCAUGGACAAGGGGCAGCCCCUGCCCUUCGACAGGAAGGCAGCGAGUGAGUAUCUGAGGGGGAAGGGCGAGGUGCACGGCACAGUGGUGAUCGAUAUCUCCAUUGGGGAUGGCCCGGGAGACAGCAAGGCGUGGGGCUGCGAUCUCAGCUACGACUACGUCAAGAUUAAUGCUGAGUACACCACAUAG